UCAUUCUGUUGUUGGCAAGCGUUGCGUCAAGUUUCCCGCCGACGUUAUUCAAGAAAUUUACUCUAAAUUCUUACUGAUCACCUGAAAAUCAUCGAAAAUGCGCGAAUGUAUCUCUAUCCACGUCGGCCAAGCCGGAGUCCAGAUCGGUAAUGCCUGCUGGGAGUUGUACUGCCUUGAGCACGGCAUUCAGCCUGAUGGCCAAAUGCCGUCAGACAAGACCAUCGGAGGUGGUGACGACUCCUUCAACACCUUCUUCAGUGAGACGGGAGCUGGCAAGCAUGUCCCCCGUGCUGUCUUCGUAGACUUGGAGCCCACUGUCGUUGAUGAGGUCCGAACUGGAACAUACAGGCAGCUCUUCCACCCUGAGCAGCUGAUCACUGGCAAGGAGGAUGCCGCCAACAACUAUGCCCGAGGUCACUACACCAUUGGCAAGGAGAUAGUCGACCUUGUCUUGGACAGAAUCAGGAAACUGGCUGAUCAAUGCACAGGUCUUCAAGGAUUCCUCAUUUUCCACAGCUUUGGAGGUGGCACCGGCUCUGGAUUUGCAUCACUCCUUAUGGAGCGUCUGUCUGUUGACUAUGGUAAGAAGUCCAAGCUUGAGUUCGCCAUUUACCCAGCUCCCCAGAUCUCCACCGCCGUAGUCGAACCCUACAACACAAUCCUCACCACCCACACAACUCUGGAGCAUUCUGACUGUGCCUUCAUGGUCGAUAACGAAGCUAUCUAUGACAUUUGCCGACGCAACCUUGACAUCGAGCGACCAACCUACACCAACCUCAAUCGUCUGAUAGCGCAGAUCGUGUCUUCCAUCACUGCCUCUCUUCGAUUCGAUGGUGCACUGAAUGUGGAUCUUACUGAGUUCCAGACCAACCUGGUACCAUAUCCUCGCAUUCACUUCCCCUUGGCUACCUAUGCACCCGUCAUUUCUGCAGAGAAGGCCUACCAUGAGCAGUUGAGCGUAGCAGAAAUCACCAAUGCCUGCUUUGAGCCAGCCAACCAAAUGGUCAAGUGUGACCCACGCCAUGGCAAGUACAUGGCAUGCUGCAUGCUCUACCGUGGAGACGUCGUCCCCAAGGAUGUCAACGCUGCCAUUGCAACGAUCAAGACCAAGCGCACUAUCCAGUUCGUAGACUGGUGUCCAACUGGCUUCAAGGUCGGUAUCAACUACCAGCCACCCACUGUCGUCCCUGGUGGUGAUCUUGCCAAGGUUCAGCGUGCCGUCUGCAUGUUGAGCAACACGACCGCCAUCGCCGAGGCUUGGGCUCGUCUUGACCACAAGUUCGAUCUGAUGUAUGCCAAGCGUGCCUUCGUCCACUGGUACGUCGGAGAGGGUAUGGAAGAAGGAGAGUUCUCUGAGGCCCGUGAGGAUCUGGCAGCUCUGGAGAAAGAUUACGAAGAAGUAGGUGUUGACUCCGUUGAAGGAGAAGCAGAGGAGGAAGGAGAGGAAUACUAAACGACUCGGCUCAACCUUAACAACCCCGGGACUUUUUGCGUUAAUGUUAAAUACACUUUGUAGUUCAAAAGCUUGAUUCGAUAAACACUGAAUAAGAACAAAUGCUCUAAUGGAUUGAUUUGACAUGAAAUGCGUAAUGAAUUCAGUAAAGAGUGACAUCCACAUUUUGAUAGGUUUUCUUCAGAAGUAACAGUUUGGAGUUUUUCUUGAUCACUUUAAAAAUGAAAUUAUUGAAGAAGAAAAAUAAUAAAAGUUUGGAACAUGAUGAUUUUUAGAUUUAUUAUUUAAAGGAGA